UGUCCUGCAGGAAGAGCUGGCGCUCUGAGGACUGCGCCGCUGUCGGCGGUUGGAGCAAAACCGCGACGUUUGACAGGAGAGCGGGGGGCCGGGGCCCGCCCGGCCGCGGCGCUGCGUUCUCGGGCUUCCCGCCGCGCGUCUCCGAUCAUCUCUGUAUCUCCAGAAAGUGAAUGUUCAGGAUAACAUGUCCAAUGUGUCGGAAGAGAGAAGCAUCAGGCAGCAGGACAUUAAGAAGGGACUUCAGUUUAUAGAGUCUACUUUGCCCUAUCCAGGGACACAGGAGCAAUAUGAGUUAUUUAUACGAGAGCUUGUUAGAAAUCUCUUUAAUGAAGGGAAUGAUGUAUAUCGAGAAGGUGAUUGGAGAGGAUCACUGAGUCACUAUACAGAAGCUAUAAACAUAGCAGAUUAUGCUAAUUCUGAAGAAAUCCAUGUUUCUGAUGAUGUUUUAGAGAAGCUCCAUGUAAACAGGAUAGCAUGUUACUCAAAUAUGGGUUUGCAUGAAAAAGUUCUAGAAGACUGUGAAAUAGCAUUAAGGUUGAAUGAAAACAAUUUCAGAGCUCUCUAUCGGAAAGCUAAAGCCUUGAAUGAGUUGGGAAGGUAUAAAAAGGCUUAUGAUGCUGUAGCAAAAUGUUCUCUUGCUGUGCCACAGGAUGAAAGUGUGAUUAAGCUUACUCAAGAACUUGCUCAAAAACUAGGGUUAAAAAUAAGGAAAGCAUAUGUAAGAGCAAAGCCGCCUUCCUCAAGCCCGGUUUCUAACGAUAUAUCAGCUAAGAAUUCUUCUUCUGUAGAAGAUAUUGAGUUAGAUUUAUCUGAACAGAAGCAAGAGAUGAUUGCUGCUGCUGCUUCAUCUUCCUCAAACUUUGUUUCUGAAGUAUCUAAAGACUUGGCAUCAAUACCUGUACCAUCCUUAUCUUCUGUUAUGCCUCUUCAAGUGGAAAAGGUUUCUUUGCCUUCUGCAGUGUUGGCAAAUGGAGGAAAUGUUUCUUUCUCCAUGCCAGAAGCAUGUUUAGAUUGUGGAGAUGGAGAUAUAAUUAUUGGGGAAGAACUUGAUGAAUUACUUGAUUCUGUGCCUGAUCCAGAUGAAAGCGUAAUGCAAACUACAGGAGUCAGAGGGCCUAUUCCUGCGGGAAGUGUAGCUACUAGCGCACCUUUCUCCGCCUCUUUGUUGGGGACGUUGCCAGUUGGUGGAGGAUUUGUUCCUUCACCUUCUCUUUCAGAAAUCUUUUCACAGCCUUUGGCUUCUUCACUGGAAAAUUUUUGUUCAUCAUUAAGCACCUUUUCAAUCAGUGAUCCAAAAAGAGAUCUCUCAAGUUCAGUUUCUAGAGAUGGUACACCAACACUUAACAGCAAUAAUUCCCCUUUGUUUAUGAAUGGCCCCAGUAGCUUGUUUGGGUCUGAAAAUUACAUGGGAAUUGCAGGUCAAACUAGAAACGACUUUUCAAAUGUUUUUAGCAGUGCAACUGCUAACAUACCUGUAUCUUCAGCACCUGCGGGAAGAAACCCAUUAGAAGGCACACAUGAGCUAAGGCAGGCCUGCCAGUUAUGUUUUGUCAAAAAAGGUCCUAAAUUACUGGAUUACGCUUACCAUCCCAGCUUAGAGCAUAAGUGUAAGAAGGAUAUUCUAAUUGGCAGAAUAAAGAACUCUGAAGAUAAAUCAUGGAAAAAAAUACGUCCAAGACCAACAAAGACACAAUAUGUGGGACCAUAUUAUAUAUGCAAAGAUGUUGCUGCUGAAGAAGAGUGCCGAUAUCCAGGCCACUGCACGUUUGCAUAUUGCCAAGAGGAGAUAGAUGUAUGGACGCUGGAGCGCAAAGGAGCCUUUAGCCGAGAAGCUCUUUUUGGAGGAAAUGGAAAGAUCAAUUUUACUGUAUCCCGACUUCUUCAAGAACAUCAUGGGUUAUUUAUGUUUCUUUGUGAGAAAUGUUUUGAUCACAAGCCCAGAAUAAUAAGCAAAAGGAAUAAGGAUAAUUCUUCAUCUUGUUCUCACCCUGCUAUGCAUGACUUCGAAGAUAACAAGUGCCUUGUCCACAUUUUGCGAGAAACUAUGGUGAAAUAUUCCAAAAUUCGCCCCUUUCAAGUUCGGUGUCAGCUUGACCUGUGCAGACAUGAGGUGCAUUAUGGCUGCUUACGAGAGGAUAAAUGCUUUUAUGCUCACAGUCUGGUAGAGCUUAACGUCUGGAUAAUGCAAAAUGAAACAGGUAUUUCACAUGAUACUAUUGUUCAAGAAUCAAAGAAAUAUUGGCAGAACAUGGAAGCAAAUGCACAUGGAUCACAGAUCCUUGGGAACCAAAUGAAAUAUGGAUCACUUAAUUUGAAGAUGAAGUUUGUUUGUGGCCAGUGCUGGAGAAAUGGUCAAGUUAAUGAGCCAGACAGAAACAAAAAAUAUUGCAGUGCAAAAGCAAGACACCCGUGGACCAAAGAUCGCCGUGUGGUGCUAGUGAUGUCUAAUGAGCGGAAGAAGUGGAUGACCAUUCGUCCUCUUCCCACUAAGAAACAAGUGCCUUUGCAGUUUGAUUUGUGCAAUCAUAUUGCUUCAGGCAAGAAAUGUCAGUAUGACGGAAACUGCUCAUUUGCUCACAGUCCUGAGGAGAGAGAGAUGUGGACCUAUAUGAAGGAGAAUAGCAUUCAAGACUUGGAGCAGUUGUAUGACAUAUGGCUAAAAAGUCAAAAACCAGAAAAAGGAGAUGAUACAGCCACUCAGGCAAACAAAGAAAAUGGGAAGCAAAUUCACAUGCCAACUGACUAUGCUGAAGUUACAGUGGAUUUUCACUGCUGGAUGUGUGGAAAGAACUGUAAUAGUGAGAAACAAUGGCAGGGUCACAUUUCUUCUGAAAAGCAUAAAGAGAAGGUUUUCCACACUGAGGACGAUCAAAACUGCUGGCAGUAUCGCUUUCCAACUGGAUAUUUUAGCAUUUGUGAUAGAUAUAUGGCUGGUACUUGUACUGAAGGAAACAACUGUAAAUUUGCCCAUGGAAAUGCCGAGCUCCAUGAGUGGGAAGAACGAAGACAAGUUUUAAGAAUGAAACUCAGCAAAGCAAGAAAAGACCACUUGAUUGCUCCCAGUGAUAAUGACUUUGGAAAAUAUAGUUUUUUGUUUAAAGAUUUAAACUAAUACUGAGAUGGCACAUACAUGUUACCAGCUGGAAGCAUAAACCAGAAAAUUUGACAAUAAUCAAAAGCAUGUGACAGAAAAGCUGCAGGUUUUCUGCUUUUAUUGGCAUAUAUUGUUCCUCCUGGACAGCAAAAUAUAGUAGAUUUAGGGGGAUUGAGCAGACCUGUCUGUGCUCUGCUUUUAAUCACCAACAGAAUGGUGAUUAAAAAAAAAAUCUGAAGUAUUACGUGCUUAUUCACCUUCUGUUGGACAGAAAGUUAGCAAAUAGAAGGGGGGAAGAGAGGUUAUAAUGUCUAGGAAGCCCCCCUAGUAUCAGUCCUUCAGUUGAAAAACUUUAAGGUAUUAAGGUAUUAAAAACAGUGUCUUGGGCUAAGAAGAAAAUGAUGGAUGAAAAUUCUUCAGAUGUUUUAAUGGAGAGGAUUUGUUUAAAACAAAGUUUGCUACUUAUCUAUAUGUAGGUUGCUAAAAAGAAUUUUCUUAUUAAAGAUUUUAAGCAAAAUAACCAUUUAACUACAAAAUAUGUUGAAUGGGUAUUUUUUUUCUCUAUUUGUAUGUUUCAAUAUAAUUUACUGAAAAAGGAUCUUGGGAGGAAAAACAUAAUUUUUGAAAAUCAAGUAGUUAAAAUUCUGUUUCUUGGUCUUUGCUGUUUAAAUGAUGAUUUUGAAAGAUUACACUUGUAUGUCAGUAUUGUGUAUUGUAUGGACUAAUGUUGCCUGUAAUAAAGAGAACUUUACAUAAAGCUGUUUUCUGCA